AUGCGCUUGCAGCAUGGAGCCUCUAAAAGCUGGUCAGGCGCUAAAGUUGGAAUUCACCAGCUUGCAGGAUCUAGUGCAUGUAACAAGCUAAACGAGGGUGUUGCCUUGUCGCUUCUCACUAAAAUUGACAAUGUCCAUGAUGACCAAUACUCGGUCAAUGUUUACCCGAAUGAUGAUUGCACCGGCCAUGUUGUCGGAACUAUUCAGAACAUGAAUGGGUGCCUUAAUAAUCUAUAUGCGCCCAGCAACACCGUCGGCAAGUCAGUCCAACUUGUCCCUGUUUCUAAGGAAUCCGAUACGCCGAUAAGCAAAAGCUCUGAGACCGACUACCUAUACAACCUUCCCGUGCAAGAUGAAGAGCAUAUGAAGGUUCCGAUCGCCCACGGCCUCUUCCGCAGUGUGGAGAAAGCUAACCACACGGAAGACGGCACCUACGUUGACGAGGCCUUUGGCAUGUUCUUGACCACUGAUCUGGAGCAUGUCAGCAGCAUCCAGAGUAUUUGGGCCAAUCCAAUCGAGGAUGCAACCUCGGGCGAUCUUUGA